AUGUGCCAUCGGAUCAAUAAAAGCAGCACUGUCGAGCUCGGGAAACAAGUUCGUCGCAUUUCCAUAAACCGUAGUGGGAUCUGUGCGGGCGAGGAAGUAACCUGCGAUUGGUAUGGGACGGUGUUCAGUACUACCACGUUGGCAUGCCUGCAGCGGAUCGUCACCGAGCCACUUCACCUUGAUCCUGUCCAAGAAAAAGCUAUCCGGUGUCUGCGGUAUGAAGACUCUACUAAAGUGGGUAUCAAGUUUGCAUAUCCAUGGUGGAUAGUAGACUGCGGAAUUCGAGGGGGCGGCAGUGCCUCAUCGACCCUACCUUCACGGACGUGCGGUCGAAUUGCCGAAGAAGACUGGGACCAACCAGCCGUGUUGUUGGCCUCGUACAGCUGGGGCCAAGAUGCCACGCGAAUGGGGGCUCUGAUCAGAUCUUCCGCCGCCACCUCUCAUGGGGCCCGGGACGAGGGAAAUGAUCUGCUGGAUCUUGUCCUCCGCGACCUCGCUCAGCAACAUCGGCAAUAUGGAAUAACCUGCAAUCCAUCUACCGAGAUCAUCAUGCCUUCUGCUGGGGCAAUUCCCGCUUUUCGUCGGGAGCCUUCGCACUUUUUGGCCCGGGACAAUUCACCAAUCUCUAUCCUUCUUUUGUCCCUCCCAGCAGCAGACGGAAAGUUUCACAUUGUAGGGAAGGCCGCUAGUGUUCACCAUGGGUGGGUGGUUGGCUCAUUGAACAGUGCAUAUGUGGCCGUCUAUCGAUUCUUGCUUCGGUAUGGACAACAAUGGGCAGUCCAGAAGCUGGAGCAGAACUGGGGAAACCGUGCAUGA